AUGAACUCUUGUCAUUCCGUGGGCCGCCAUAUUAUUUCUACGCGAAAGGCCGAUAGGUGCUCCGCAGCGCGAGUGUCAUCGUUUUGAUUAUGACGAGUGAAUAAUAUUGUUAUUUUGCGACUUAUUUGUGAACUCAGUGCCGGUAAUCGAGCUGUUAAAAUGAUUGUGAGAUUUCUGAGCGUUUUGUGCGUCGGAAUUCUGGUGGCUUCGGUGCAGAACGUCGAAGGAAACAACGACAAUGAAGACAUUCCAUACUUGGAGCUGGCGGAGCCGGAGGAGGGCUACCACGGGCUGAUCAGAGAGAACGAGACCCUGGUUGAAGUGACACCAGCCAUCCGCGCGCGAGGUCCGCUCUGUUCCUUCCUCAUCCUCAACAACAAGCACCAUGGCGAGGCGCCCUUCGAGAUAAUGGUGAUCGACGAGAACGAGGCGCGGCUACGCGUGCGCUUCCCGCUCAACUGCGAGAAGCGCCGCAACUACAAGUUCGACAUCGCCGCCGUCGGCUGCGAUGGCUCUUACUCCAACACCGUCCCAGUCCACAUUACGGUGACGGACGUGAACGAGUUCGAGCCGGUGUUUACACAGUCCUCGUACGUGAAGGCAGUGGACGAGGGUCGUAUCUACGAUGAGAUCGUCCGCGUGGAGGCCACCGACCGCGACUGCACGCCGCGCUACGGAGACGUCUGCAAGUACGAGAUCCUCACUGACCGGAGCCAGCCCUUCACCAUCGAUAACGAGGGCGUGAUCCGCAACACCGAACCACUGGACUACGAGAAGUCGCACAACCACAUCUUGUCCGUGGUAGCGUACGACUGCGGCAUGCUGCAGUCAGCGCCCGUGAUGGUCACCAUCAAGGUCAACAAGCCCUGUCGAGCUGGAUGGAAAGGAGUGGCAGAACGCGUGGACUACGCCCCUGGCAGCGGUCCCCUGGCCCUGUUCCCAGCAGCUCGGUUGGAGGCCUGUUCUUCCGACGAGCGCUGUCCGGGCGUGACUCGCAUCCAGGCGGCUGUGACGUUGCGCGCCUCUCGCGCUGGUAGCGGCUGCGACCGGGACACCUACUCGCUGCACUCCCAGAAGACCAUUUGCGGUUUGGACCCGAAAACGAUCGACCUUCUCCCGAGUCCCGGCGCUGGCAACGAAUGGGUCAAGUCCCUAAAACCUGAUACGGGUCGCGACGGCGAGCAGAUGUUCGAGUUCGACGGCGAGACGUCUGCCACGGUGCCGGAGGCUCUGGCACCGCACUCGCUGCCCGGCACCUUCAGCCUGUCCGCCUGGCUGCGGCACGCGCCCGCGCCCGACCACGACAAGCACCGCAAGGAACACGUGCUGUGCCUCGCCGAUGACCACAAAAUGAACCGGCACCACUACGCGCUGUUCGUGCGCAACUGCCGCCUGAUCCUGCUGCUGCGCCGCGACUUCGGCGAGGGCGACCUCAACAUCUUCCGCCCUGCCGAGUGGCGCUGGAAGAUCCCCGAGGUGUGCGACAACGAGUGGCACCACUACACGGUGAACGUGCGCUUCCCGUCCGUCGAACUGCUGGUGGACGGCGCGCCGCUGAGGCCCGAGCGCGCGCCCGAGGUCAUCGACGACUGGCCACUCCACCCUGCACAUGGCAUCAACACCACGCUGGUUGUAGGAGCCUGCUGGCAAGGCACUGAGAGCGAGAUGCGUCACGGGCUCCGCGGCUGGCUAGCUGGUCUAGGGUUGUUACGUGGUGCGGUGCAGCCUGCGCGAGCGCUCGCCUGCCUCGCCAAGUGCCGCGAGGGACUGAGUCUGGCGCCUGAUCUAUACCUGCGCUCUGUGUCGGUGGAGGGUGACGGCGUGGCUGACGUAGAGACACUGCUGAGACGAGUGGCCUACGGGGACGCGCGCCCCUUCCCAACGCCCGGCCGCCGCAACGUGCAUUUGGAUACCACCAUCACCUGCGACAACGGGCGCAUCAUCAAGGCGCGUCCCGCCGAAGCGUACAUCAUGGUCCUGCAGCCGCAGACGCCGAGCAUCCUGCUGAACGGGACGGCGGACGCGGCGCGCGACUACGCGCACUUUCGUGCUGGCUUGCGCGUGUUUCCGGAUCUGCGCGUGCACGUGCUCGCGCGCGACCACGACGUGCUCAGAGAAGCCGAGAGCCAGAAGCUGGACUCCUGCGUAGUAUCGGUCUACCCGGCACUGAACCCGGACCACGAGGCGCUGUCGCUGCGGGACGCGGCCUCGCUGCCGAGCCGCUACGACAUCCGCGCCGCCGUCACAAGGGACGGCGUCAUCCUCACCGGCGCCGACACCGUCGCCAACUACGAAAAGGUUCUGCUGGAGAUCGAGUACAGCAACAAGAAGCCGGCGUACUACCUCAACCGCGUGUUCAAGCUCACCUGCUCGGAGCUCAACGGGCGCUUCACCAGCAACGAGUAUGUGCAGACGUUAACGGUAGUCCACCCUCACAUGUCUGGUGGUGAAGGCUUGUCCCGCGAGUUGCAUCCGAGCGGCGUCGCCGACAAACUGGACAACGUUGCACGCGACAAACAGGACGGGCACCACGCGCACGCGCACGACGGGCACGCGCUGGCACCGCGCGCGUACGCGGCGCACGCGCAGCGCGACGCGCACCAAGCCGACGUGCCCGCGCCGCGCCUCAUCGACCUGCACCCCGAGCACGAGCCUAACAACCACGUGGCGCUGCUGAUCGGCGUGGUGGCAUGCGGCGCGGUGGUGGCGCUGGCGGCGGUGGGCGUGGCCCGCGCGGCGCGCUCGCCCCGCCCCGCCCGCCCCGCGCGUCCCACCCGCCCCGACGCAGAGAUGGCGUGGGACGACUCCGCGCUGACCAUCACGGUCAACCCUAUGGAUGAGGCGGGCGGCUCGUGCGCCCGGCACCCGGCGGUGGCCGACAGCUCGGACGGCGAGUCGUGCUCCGACUCCGAGUCCGAGCACCACUCCUCCUCCGACGAGGACGACGACGACCACGUCAUGGCUGGCAAGCAGCACAAGUACAGGAACAUCAGCCAGCUGGAGUGGGACAACAGCACGAUGUAAUGCCGUCGCACGCUCGCUCCGUCCCGCUCGGGGCCUCUCGCUCGCACGCACCGCGUCGCAAUAUCACUGAGUCUUAGUUCGUAAGGUUACUAAGGUUUUAUUUCUAUUUUUAUUUAGUUUAAACAGCAUACGUGUAAGAUUUCUUCCGACGAAGUUGUGAGUGGUCACAGACGACGCGAAAAGUAACGUUUUUUAAUUCCAAACAGUCUCGAAUUUAAAGACCGUAUUUGAGUCAAGUGAUUUGGAAAUAUUAAACUUUAUUUUUGGGUAACGAAACAAAUCUGCUAUAUGCGAGGAUUGCUUACUAGAAAAUUAGGCACCCGUGCAAAAUAUUGUAUUUAUAUUUAAGUGUAAAAGCCACCUCUCAUGUAACUCCUUUUCAAUACUGUAACUGAUUUCAAAUGAAGUUAUUUUAUCGAAACUUUAACCAUAAAUAUAACAAUGCUGGUCAUUUAUAAUUCUAUUCUUUAAAUCGUUCUGUAUUCGUCACGUAAGAGGUGACCUUUAUACAUUUUUGAGAGCUUGUUUUCUACUUAAUUUCUACACGAAGUGUAUAUUGCAACGCGGCGUCUCUUCAGUACACAGACGACGGAAUUGAUUUUAUAUUAUUGUAUAUCAGUUAUCGUGAGUUGGGUAGAUUGCUUCAGCGCAACCACGUGACACUAUGCUCUUGAGUCGACGGACAUAGAACAAUUAAUAUCUAUGGUCACUGACAUGAGUGAACUAGAUCGAUUUUGCUAUCAAUUACGUUUAAAAGAUGCGUGGGUAGACUGACAGGUCAGUCUAUAACAUCCAAGAUCAAAAUUCAAUAAACGUACGUUCACAUGCAUUGACUAUAGAUAUAAAUUGAUUAUAGAGGGGAAAGUUAACACUAAUAAAAGGACUAUAAAACUCAAGAAUGCUUAGGCUCACCGCUGCGUAAAGCGGGAACGAAGGACAAAGGCUUACAAACGCAGCGGGUGGCCUUAUAAGGUGUUGAUGUAAAUUUUGGAUUUAUUUAUGCACGAUCUUGAACCACUGGAGGUCUUAUUGGAGGCAUUUGUAAAUAAAAACAAGUACUUAAUUAAUCCUUAGAAGCCUUCGUGUAAGAUUUUGAGGCAUUUUUGAGGUUCAGUUAAACUUUGCACAAUGUCAUAGACGCACAAGAGUGAACUUAAACUUUUGAUUCUAUAAAUGUCAUGUUUUAAUAUUGGAAUAGUAUGUCCGUCGAAAGAGUGAGCACGUUUUAUUUAUAGUGUACUUCUAAGGUCUCAAAAAUGAUCAUAUCAAAAACUUUAUACGUAAAAAAUCAGCAAUUAUUUUGUCUUUGCUUGCUUUGUAGUACACAUUUGUAUUAGAGGUCUUGAACUCUUUUCUAUUCGUUUCUAUGUGUAAGAGGUAAAAACGAUGAAUAUUGUAUGUAAUAAAACCAGUAGUCAUUGUAAUUUCGUAUGGAGUCGGUAAGGAUAACUUAGGAUAAGCCAUCAGAUACUACUAUUGUAUAUUACUGAUAUCUAAGAAAUGUAUGCUUCACUGGCUAUUCUAACUCGCUAAUAAUAUGCAGCUCUGUUUUGUUUCUUUCGAAAUCCAAUAUGGCGGCGAUGUACUCGCGUUUCGUUAUUUCCGUCCCCUUUUUAUUUUCGUAAAAAGAAAUAUAAUUUGAUGCGUAUCGAUUUGGGAACCAUUGCGAAAUUCAACUUUAUAAGUAUGUUUUUCGCGCCAAAUAAAUACGUUAAUCGGACGCCAUAUUGGAAUUCUGUUUAAGUUCAGUACAAAGCCAACGUUUCGUUCAAAAGUGCAUUUAUUUUUUGUGGUACAAACUCGCAUCACUCGAGUAGCAUUACGUUUUGUUCUUUGUCAAAUGAAAAUAAAGGAUGUCCAAACACUUUCUACCCCUUACGAGCUUCUCAAACUAAAUCGGCUUAAAUGUAUAUUAGGCACAGAGUUAUUUGAAAAAAAAAACAUAGUUUUACGAUAUACACAUUAUACAGAUGGUAUCUGUUUAGGAUCAGCUAUUAUAAACUAUAUAAUUAUAUAUAUAUUUUGAAUGCGUUAAGGGAUUUUUACUAACAAUUAGGUACUAAGUGGCUAUAUGUUAGUAUUUGACACUACGGAGAAAAGUGGGGCGGACGAGAACACGUCAAUCCCUGAAAUUAUUUCAAUUGGAAUUGUUAGAAAUGCAUAUAAAUUUGUCUACACCUUAAUAUCAUGUUGAUAAGACUGGUUUUCGGCCUUUACUGUCCAGCUUACCGAAACAUUGCGUGCAUUGACAGCGCGUGUAAACUUUGAUAAAGUAUCAAGAUUAUUUACACUUCUGACAAAUUCGAUUGGAGCUGUAGUUAAGGUUAGUUAGGUUUCCGUUUCACUCUUCCGCUUGUGUGGUAUGUCACCGACGAGUUGCAUAUCAUGGUCCGUUUGCCAUAUUAGCGUAGGUGUAAGGAACACUGACUGUAAAACAAUUAAGCAAUCUUCGUGAACAUAAUCAUUGGUGUCAUUAGUCGGCGUAUAAAAUGUUGUUUGUUCCCAACUUCUUACCUAUUUUGACGUUUCCCACUUGUCAGACUGGCAUUUGUGACAGCUGUCAAGGGUGUAGGAUUUUAUUGUAUGACUAAAUGAAUAGGAUAUUUAGUAAAUGUAUUUAUGGCGCGGAAGUUAUCUGUGGUUGAUGUUGUGAAAAUUAUGGCAGCUGUCAAAAGUAUCAAUAUCGUUCAAGUAGCGUACAGUGAGUUGCGUGUUUGUGCGUAUGUUUUUCUGUGUUAGUUCCUUUGAUGAAAUGAAAGAACAAAUUGUUUAGUGCCAUUAGAGUUUCCUUCGUUGAUUUGUUGUUUAUAGCAGCAGACACGCAGCUCGCUUCCUAUUAAGUUUGUACUGUUUAAUUGAGUCGUUGUGUUUUUGAUUUCACUCGACAACCGUCCAAUGCCCAUUUCCCAUUACAUUUUAAUAUUUUAAGAUCUGACCGUAACAUGUUGUUUUAUCUUCGGACUUGGCUCAAACCCCGCACAAAGACAGCCAUUUACUUUGUCAGUUAAACUUUACCAAGUAUAAUGUGGUAGCUAUUUUUAUUUUAUUUUUGUACUUGUAUUUUUUGUUUUACUUUCUUUUGUAUUAUCGCGGUAUUAUUACAGUAUACUUAGGGAACUUCUUUCAUGUAUGGAUUAUUAUAUUUUAGCUAAAAAUAAAGUUGGUUUAAAAAUAAAAA